CGGGGGAGGAUGUUGUCUAGCAUGGCAACAGAUUGCACAACAAAAGGAAGUGCGGCUGGUACGCAAUAUGAUUUUGUGUUUUGUGUAACUUAUACACUUUAUUAAGAACACCUUUCUUCCUUUGGUUUGGUUUUCCCAUAAGAGGAAUUUAAGCCGUCACGACGAACAUGGUGUAAUAGAACUAAGAGCAGUCUGGUCUAAAUCCACACGAAUUGUUGAGCCCUUCCCUGGGCUGGAAGAGGAUGCAUCGUGGUGGGGAUAAGGACUUCCAGGUACUGGCACGAAAGAUGGCCACAUCAUUGCUUUUCCAGCUAUCAGCUCAUGAAAGAGAGCUGGAUUUGGUGUUUCUGGACCACAGCUAUGCCAAACCAUGGAAUGCCCACCCAGAUGCCAGCAGCGCCCGCCCCACAAGGACACUGUUUGUUACCCCUCGUCGCCCGCCUGAAGCCUUAUCAGACUCGGAUUCUUUAAUAGAUGUGGAAACUGUCACACCGACACCUAUUCCUUUAUAUGACAACCAGAAAGCUCUUAGUGUGAUGAAGGAAUGUGAGCGACAUGUCCUAUUUGCUCGUACUGUUGCUGAGAGCCCUCCACCUCCUGAUGACUGGGAGGAACACAUAAACAAGACUGGAUGGUCAGUGGCUCAGAAUAAACUGUUCAACAAAGUCCUUAAAGCUCUACAAGCUGAAAGACUAGCCCGUCUGGCCAAUGAAAAUGCUUCCAAUGAGCCAAUCUUGCGGAGAAUAGCUGUGGACAAGUGUGCCAGGAAGGUGCGUCAUGCAUUAGCCAGUGUGAACUGGGACACUAAACUGACACAGUGGUUACAUGUCACCAUGAUUGAGUCCUUAAGCCUUGCAAUGCUUGCCGCUUACUUGGAUGUGCUGCAGACUCUUAAAAGCAAGUUGCCCUCACUGAUUGACCGAAUGUUGCUAUCCUCGGCAAAGACUGGAGCUCCAAGUGCAGAAGCACUGUCACUGCUAUUGAAACGGCCCUGGGAUCCAGCUGUUGGAGUUCUGUCUCAAAACAAACCGAGCAAGCUUCCUGGAUCCCCACUAAUCCUAAUUGCACCAUCAAGCCCAACGAAUCCUGCCCUCUCUGCCUCACGACGAAUGAGAUUCUGGCAGUCGCAGUUCUCCUGCCUGGGAAAGGUCAUCCCAGUGCACACUCAUGUGAACAGUGGAGCCAAUAUUAGCAUCACCCAGUGUCUAGAGCACAUGCUGGGCACUGUCAGGGCCAAGGUCAUGGAGGUUCACAGUCACUUCCCCCACAAACCCAUUGUCCUGGUCGGAUGGAAUGCUGGCGCUCUCAUCGCUUGUCAUGUAUCCCUUAUGGAGUAUUUGACUGCUGUGGUGUGUCUCGGGUUCCCUCUGCUAACAGUAAACGGGCCAAGAGGGGAUGUGGAUGACCCGCUACUGGACAUGAAGACCCCAGUGUUGUUUGUGGUCGGCCAGAAUGCUCUGCAGUGUAGUAUAGAAGGCAUGGAGGAGUUCAGAGAGAAGCUGAGGGCAGACAACAGCAUGGUUGUGGUGGGGGGAGCAGACGACAACCUCAGAAUCAAUUCUGCGAAGAUGAAAUCAGAGGGACUGACACAGACCAUGGUGGAUCGCUGCAUUCAGGAUGAGAUAGCUGACUUCUUGUCGGGUGUCCUCACAAGGGCAGAGGGGCAUGGUCAUGGCUCUGGGGAAAUGAGAGAUCUGGACACAGAGAAGAAGAAAAGGCCUCGACGGGAGCUUCCCUUUGACAUGGAGAGAGGGCGACCUUCCUCCCCGGCACUUAGAAUUCCUAUUUCACCAUCAGGUUCAGAGGAUCUGUCUAGUGUCUGCAGCAGUCCCACUUCAAGCCCCAAACCCAAGACAUCUGGUUUGUCUCCAGCACAGAAGUCCAGUCUGAUCACAGCUACACAGCUCCUCAAGACACACAUGCAGCGCUCUGGCACAGUACUCACUCACAAGCAGGCUCAAGCUCAGUUUGCUGCUUUUAUGAAACAAAACAUGCUUGUGAGGAAAAAUCUUCCUCCUGGUACCCCUCCUUGUAUUUUUGUGCCAGUGACAAGUGAUCAGAUGGAGGGUCUUGACAGAGAUGAACUGAGGUCCCAUGGCAAGAGAAGGCAGACGCCUAGUCCUACACCAUGCAAAGCCACCAAAAGAGCCAAGAUCAAGGUCACCAUUGUUUCCCAAAGCGAGACACCAGGGGGCGCCAUCAGCCCUGUUGCACAGGAAGUGGGUGUCUCUGGCAAGCCCUUAACAGUAACAGUGGGACAGAAUGUGGCUGGGGCCAAGGAGCUCUCUGGACUUCUUACAGCCCAGCGGUCUGGUAGUCUCUCAGAGGUGUCUGGUGCCCUGUCCCUAGGCUCCAGCUCAUUCAACAGCGUGCAACCUUGCAUGGUGUCAGGGUCCUCCACAGCAGUCCAGGCGCAAGCUCCGGCUACUGCCCAAGCAGCUUCCGCCCGCAGUCUGCUACAAGGCUUAAGUUUCAGUCUCCAGGAGAUCGUCACCAAAGCUCCUAGUGUGUCCUCUACAGCAGCCAACACAAGCAACACCCAGGUAGUUUGUGGCAAGCCCCAGGGUCAGGUCCUGAGCUCUAUUGGUACCAGCAGCAGUACUCUGCUCCGAGCAGUGCCCGUGGUCACCACAGGAGGAAUGGCUAAAACCACAGCUAUCCACCAGCUGCUCACCAAUGGCGGACUGGCCAAACUUGCCAGCAGCUUGCCCGGCUUGGCACACAUCACCAGUCAGACCGCUGUAGGGCAGAAAGCCCCCACUUCUAUAACGGUGACACUUCGAGGAGCACAGCAGAAUAGAGUGGGAUCGCUCAGCCAAGGUGGCGAUGUGACCCCUGCUCGUAGCCAUGAACCCAAGUGAACGUCUUGGCUCCGUUUCCAUGUGGUGGUGCACCUGAAGCUAGUGCUGUGCAUCUGGGAGCCACAGCCUGCUGAUGAGAGACUACCCUCCCUGCAAUGACGAAAACACCACCCCACGACGUGCAGAACACCUGCCUCACAGCCUCCAGAGGGCUUCCUUGUUGAGAUGGUUGGCAAAGGCCAGGCAGUUACUGUUGACUGUGGCUGAGCUGCUUCGCUGCUUAUGGGUAACACUGACUAUACCACUGCAGCAGUAGCCGUCAUGCUACACCCUGCGCUCUCUUCUAACACCUUUGAGCAAAUUCUGACAGGUAUAUAACAUGAUCACAUGUUAUCCUCUACAACAGGAAAUUAUAAAAAUACACCAGGAGAACAUACAGCCUGCCUGGACUGUGAUAACACCACUGUAAAAUCUACAAAAGCAGAGGUGGGCAACUCUUGGUGACUCUAAACCUAAAACCACGGCCAUUUCUGUCUAAAUCCUUAUGUCAUGUCUGCUAUGAUAUGGAUUAUCAUAGGCCUAAGUAUGAUGUUUGCAGCAUUUUGAUGUAUGUCUGGGCCUUUCAAUAUAUCCCCAUAAUUGUGAAAUAACAAAAUUUCCAUGUCAGUAUAUUCAGACCAUAACAGUAAUUCACCCUGAUACCUUUUUGUCUUUUUUCUUUCACCAUGAGAUAUUCACUAUACGAGAGGCCUAAAAUAUGUAAGAGUAAGAACUAAAUGUUAAAGCUUAUUAAAUAUCAAUACUGGUCAUAAUCAUAUGAUUAUCAAAUAUACCUGACAUAGUCUGUGCACCUGUGCAAUGCUUGGCUUGAAUAAUAUACACUUUGCACUCAAAAGCUGCAAUACGUGAACUGGUCAGUGGUUAUGAUAAAGAGUAUUUGUUAUAUUUGUUGACUUUAUUAUCUCAUAUUCCAUAGUUUAAACUACUGUACAAGGCAGUAUUUCCCAUCUGCACUGUCAUCAUUUUACUGUAUAUGGGCUUUUUGUUUGAAACUGCCACAGUAAAAUUAAGACUGAUUUGACUCAGCU